CUUUACCUUUGAGAGAACGCGCACGCGCCAUUAGUAUUUCUGUCCUUAUUUUUUAUGGUUUAUGAUCGCAGCAAUUGUUUUCUGUUACUAUAUCAACUUUGGCGCCAAUUAUUGCCGCCAUACCGAUUAUAUUCUUAGAUUUUACAAUAAAUAUACAUAUUAUAUACAAGGGUCAAGACAAAUAAAAAAGUGGAGUUAAUAGCAAUUAUUCUUUAUUAUUUACUUAUAUUCUGUAAUUUAUAAAUAAAUUAUUUGAUUUAUAUUAGUUUUAUUAACAAUUAGUGCAAACAAAAUAAUUAUCAGUUACAUUAGUUCAGAGUAGUAUAGAGACAAUUUAUUUCAUUGUUUAACUGAAAAAAUUGUGAAUUAAAUGCGAGAUGUAUAUUAUAAAAGGCAAUAUUGUACUUGAAAUUUAUAAUAUAUUCUCUUUAUUAAGACAAUAUAUUAGACAUUAAAAUAAAUUUACCAAAAUCAUUAAAAAAAUUCUAAAGAGGCAAGAUUAUAAAAAGAAUGUUUCUACUCAUUACAAUUAUUGAAAUAAUAUUUAACAAGAUACACUUGGGAUGUCACAAAAAAUAUUAGAGUCUAAUAUUACUGAAAAAUUAAGUAGUACUAACAAUACUGGAGGAGAUCUUUGGUCAAUAUUUUGUUCAAAUCAAAUUGAUGUUUUCUCUACUGAAUCGUCUGAUUCUUCAAAUCAAGAUAAACUUGAAAAAAGUAAUAAUUCAAGAAAACGAAAACGUGGGUCAAAAAUAUUUAAUGCUAUGAAAUAUUUAAAAGAAGCUAACAACAAAGCCCAUGAUGACAAUAACAACAAUAAUCAUAUUUAUACUCCUUAUGAGUCAAAUUGUCACUGUGACGGUGAAAAUGAAAGUAUUAGAUAUGUGGAACAACAUGACUAUGUUAAUAAUAUUAAUCCAGACGUACAUAAUGAUGAUACAACUUCAUUAAAAGACGAAACUGAUAGCCAAGAUGAUGUCAUAUGGUCAGAUACGAAAAAUAAUCAUUCAACAUGGUCAGAAACGGAACGUAUUAAAUCACUAUGGUCAGAUACAACAAAUAUUAAUACAAAUGAAACGAAUCUAAAUAUACCGUAUUACAUGACAGGUUUUCCGAAUCCACCAGGAGAGAAUCAAUGUUGGCUUAAUGCAACUCUUCAUGCACUUUUUGUUCUUCCAUUGAUUGAAUAUCUAAAUAAUUUUGUUCUCAAUGAAUGUUCUCGACUAACUAAAACAUUUAUAGCAAUGCAGGUAUUUUGGAAAAGAGGAGCGGCUGAAAAAGAGAAAACUUAUCAAGCUUUAAAAAAAUUUAAAGAUGAAUUAUGCGUUUUAGAUGAAUCAUAUUCAUCAAGAAAACAACAAGAUGUUUCAGAGUUUUUAAUGAUAUUUUUAAAUUAUGUUAGAUCUGAGUGUGAAAAAUUUGUUACAGAAACAAGUUCAUUGAACAUGAAUUUAAUUGAAGACAUGGAAAAUCUAUCCGAAAAUCAUCGCAAUAAACUACCAAUAGAUAAAGUGAACCUGCAUCCAAUGUUAACAUCUAAAAGACGGCCAUCGUUAACUUCGACAUCUCCAUCAAAAAGAAGAAAUUCUACCACUGAUAUAAAUGUUAAAUUGCCACACAUUACUUAUCCUUGUUCUUUGAAACAAGAUGAAUCUUCAAGGUCCAAUAAUCCGAUAGAUGAAUUUUUUUUACUUCAUAUGAUAGAACAUUACACCUGUCAAGGUUGUAAUAAACAUCGUCAAAAUAACAUUGACAACUUGAUGUUUUACGUUGAUCUUCCGAACAAAGAAAACGAAUUAUUAAGUUUGACUGACUUAAUUUUUAAAAGUAUGGAGCCUGAAGAAAGAAAUUUUAUUUGUGUAAAAUGCAAAUAUAACAAACAUCAUGUAUCAACAACAUUUCGAGGAUGUCCGAAUAUUUUAAUCAUUCAGAUAAAUCGAUACGGUAUGACACCAGAAGGAACAGUGGAAAAAAUUAAUGCACCCGUUGAUAUUCCCAGUGAUCUUCAAAUGAAUGAUAGCAAUAAUACAGUUCAUAGUUUUCAACCAAUAUGCAUAAUAGCUCAUGUUGGACACUCAAUUGAUUAUGGCCAUUAUACUAGUUAUGUAAAACAUGCAAAUCAAUGGUUUCACUAUAAUGAUAUGGAUGUUACACCUAUGACUGAAUCUGAGGCAUUAAAUGCAGGUCAAACUACAGCAUAUCUAGUAUUUUUUAUUAACACAGAACUAUUGAAAAAGCUCAAUAUUUUAUCAGUAAAAAUAGAAGAUGAUCCACAACGAUAAAGGAAAGAAAAUAUACAUUUUUAUUUUAAUAUUUUUCUAAAACCUUCUUGUACGUUAGUUGAAAAGUGUUCUCGAUAGUUUUUUGUUCGAAUUUUUUAUACCAACGAGUGCUAAUUAUAGUAGAAAAUUAUUUACACGUUUAUAAAAAAAAAUCUACUUAAUAUAGACAUUGUAAUAUA